UAACUCACAAUCAGAGCCGAGUGGGUCCCCGCGCCACAUGCCCCUCGGCGAUUGCGAUGGUGGGGUUAUCGGCGGGCUCAAUGUUCGGCGACUGGACUCUUUUGCCGCAUGACAAACAAUGGAGACGGACUCUUUGGGGGACAACGUAAAUAUAUUGCCUGGCGUCGUGCAUCAAACUACUUGGAUUCAGGCUCUUCAGAUCUACCCGCCAGCUCCAUCACAGACUACCAAUUGUCCAGCCACCAACCAAGCUGCUUUCACCAGGCUCGACAAACUCCAAGCCGUCAGUCAGUCACCAUGUGCAUGAGUGCGACUUGCUCAACCUGCAAUAAGCAGACCUGGCGCGGGUGUGGCAGCCACGUGGCCUCCGUCUUCGCCAACAUACCCGAGGACAAGUGGUGCACUUGUGAGCCAAAGGUCGAGAAAGACGGCAAGCAGUACCCGCCGCAGGCUCAGUCGGGUUUCGGCGGCUCGUUUCUGAGAACCAUGAUGGGUGGAAAGUAGGAGUAGGCAGGGCGACAAUGACAGCUGACCAUGGCGCUUGUAUAUCUUAUUCCAGACAGAGCUGAGAAUCGCCGAUCCCGGCUACGGCGGCAACCCUUUGCAUGUCCGGGAUCCGGCAUUUGAUACCGGAGGUUACGGGCCUGUGCACGCCGGCUACCCCUCUGAAAUCGCCCCGAUUA